GAACAAAGAAAUGCGUUAGGGAGCGACAGAAACACUCGAGUAGCUUAACAAAGCCAAAAUUUCAUGGGUGUUCUUUCUCUCUCUAAAAUUCCCCCAAUCGUGGCUUUAGAUUACAGGGAAAGAUAGGAUUGAGAUACAAUCAGUCGACAUAUAUACGCAGAUUCACAGCGCAGAAGUAUGAAUUUGAAGGGCGAGAAGAUGGAGAUGGAAGGGGAAGUUAUCGGGCCGUGUUGUUCAGAGAAGAGGAAGAACGAGAGACCUUACAAAGGAAUCAGGAUGAGGAAGUGGGGAAAAUGGGUGGCCGAGAUCAGAGAGCCGAAUAAACGGUCCAGGAUAUGGUUAGGAUCCUAUUCGACGCCGGUCGCGGCGGCGAGAGCCUACGACACCGCCGUUUACUACCUCCGCGGGCCAUCGGCGCGGCUGAACUUCCCGGAGCUGCUGGUUAGCGACGGCGCCGGGCUCAGCGACUUGUCCGCCGCUUCGAUUCGGAAGAGAGCGGUUGAAGUCGGCGCUAGAGUGGACGCAAUCCAAACCUCGCUCGGCGGCCGCGACCACCGCCCCUACAAGCCGCGCGACGGCGAGCGGGCUAGCCCUUGCGCGACUCAAUUGAAGCCGUGUUGGUUUCAGGAGAAGCCCGACUUGAACGAGAAACCCGAACCCGAAGACCCGGAUAGCGGAGAUUACUGGUAACGACUGCAGGUCCUCCGUUGGGUAUCCGGCGAGGUGGCGGACCCGCCGUAGGGGAUGAGGACAACAAUGGUGUGCCGCUAAAGUAGGCGCAAGUGUUUUUUUUUUUUUUUUUUUAAAUACUAUUUUAAUGAGUGCAAGUGGGAUAGUAUUUGCGUUUCAAGGGCAAAAACGUAUAUUAGGUUGAUAGGAUAAUUUUGAUUAAUUGGGAAUUAUAUUUUAUUUGGAGAGUAAUUUAGAAUCUAUUAUUAUCGUUCCAAUUAUUUCAAUCUCCAAAAAAAAAAUCUAUUUGGUGA